AUGGACAUGGAGAUGAAUGCGGACUUGGAGGGUCCCGUCACGGCAACGAAACGAUGCUGCUUUCAGGAUGACGGAAGCGAAAGCAGUCAAGCGUUCUCGGAGAGGAGCUCGGCGAGCAGCACGUUUUGUAAUCUGGAGAAAGAUUACGCGAGGAUAACGAAUGAGAUGAAGGCUAACGAGGCGCUGGCGCCCUUUGAGGCCGAGUACGUGAGGCUCUACGAGUCUUUAUACAAAGCGCACAGAAAUGAAAAGGAGCUGUCGGAGCAGUGCCUCUCGCUCAAGAACGAGAUCGGCGAAAUCAAGUCUGAGAUUUUCGAGCUGAGGAGGACGGUGGAAGAGCAAGAGGACGAGAUAGUCGGAUUAAAAGAGGUAGUCGUUAACACGACAAAGCUGGCCGACGCGGCGCACGCACGCGAGCAAAACGCUCAGGAGGUGAUCGAAAAUUUGCGACUCAAUAUCGAGAAAUUGGGCCUGGAGAUCGAGCAGAAGAACAAGCAACUGGCAGCCGAGAAGGACAUCACCAUUAGCAAGCAGAAGGAAAACCUGCUGAAGGAGAGGGAUAGACUCGUGGGCGAGAUAGAGACUAUGAAGCAGCGCAUAAAGAAUAUGUCCGCUUACACGGAGGACCUCGAGAAAAGAAACAGCGAGCUCGAUCAACGCAUGAGCGAGAUGCAGGAGACACUCGGCAUGCAGCUGAACGAGAUCUCACGUGAGAAGAGGAUUCGGGAGAGAGCGGAGACGGAGACGCGGCAGCUUGAAGAAGAGAUUGCAGUGAAAAAAAACGAACUCGAGAUCGCGAAUGCGUCUAUCGAGGCCAGCACGAGCAACAUAGCGAGGCUAGAGAAUCUGGUGAAGGAGCUAAAGUCGACGGGCGAGAAGAUGCAAAAGGAGAUUAGCAAGCUCAUGUUGAAGAAGAUGAAUCUGCAAACGGAUCUCGAUAACGCGAAUGUCGAAAUGGAAAAGCUGGAGAAGGAAAUCGCCGAUAAAGACAAGGAAUUGAGAAACGUCAGGCAGGAGCUCAACAGAGCGAAAGAGAGCAGCGCCAAGUACAUGCACGAAAAGAAUUUGACGAGCAAGCGACUGCUAAAGAUCGAGACCGAGCGUACCAGGCGGGAGAACGAGCUGAAGCAGGCCUUGAUCGACAUCCAGAAUAUGGAGCACGACGCGCAGAUCUGUCGCAAGGAGCAGUUGGACGACAAGCAACGCAUCGAGGUUCUGCUGCGGGAGAAGAACAUGCUCUCCCGUAGCAGGGAAACCGCCCAGGAGCGAAUCAAGCGAUUGAAUCACGAGCUAGUGCUGUGCGGGCACGCCAAGACAAAGGUCGAGCACGAGCUAGAUACGCUGACGCAGAGUAUCGACGACGUGAGGAAGCAGAUGGAGAUGGUGGAGAAGGAGCGGGAUAAGUACAGUCAGGCGAUACAGGGAUUCAAGCAGCAGAUAGAGGGUCACGUAAGCGAGGCCAAGCUGAAACAGGCGGAGAUCUUCGAUUAUAAGAAGCGUCUGGCGGAGGUUGAGACAAGGUACCGUCAGCAACAGAGCUUAUUCGAGGCCGUUCGUGUGGAGCGGAAUCUGUACAGUAAGAAUCUUGUCGAAGCGCAGGAGGAGACACGGGAUUUGAAAAGCAAGCUGAAGAUUACGAGCCAGCAGAUCGAGCAAUUGAGGGAGGACAUUGCGACAAAGGAGGCCAGCCUUAUCAAGGAGGAAUUCCUGCUGGGGAGGGUCGAGAAGGAGAAGGAAGAUCUCAAGGUCGAUCUGCGAGCCUCCCGCGUCGAGGUGUCCGGUUUGCGUCGAGAAAUCGAGGAAAUGAAGCGCGAGGAAAAGCGCCUCAGGCAAGCCAUACGACAGGCGGAUAUGGACAUUGGACGGCAGAAGAAGGACAUUGACAACAUUUUGAACGAGCGUGAUAUACUCGGCACGCAAUUGGUCCGCAGGAACGACGAGCUCAGCCUGCAGUACAGCAGGAUAAAGAUUCUAAAUAGAACGUUGCAACGCGGCGAGGUGCACUACAAUCAACGAUUGGAUGAUAUUAGAUUACUCAAGUUCGAAGUGAGGAAGCUCCGAACUGAGAAAACGCUGCUUAACAAAAGCAUUGCCAACAUCAGUGACUUGCGGCAGGAAGCUUUUCAUCUGAAUCGUGACCUAGCGAGGGAAAGGCUUAAAGUCACAGCCCUCGAGGAAGAAAUUCAGACUCCGUUGAAUAUACAUAGAUGGAGGAAACUCAAGGGCACAGAUCUUACGAGUUUCGAAAUGGUCAAGAAGGUGCACCUUCUGCAGAGGCGUAUUUUAAAAAUGUCUACUAAUAUAAUAAAUAAAGAGAGAAAACUAAGAGAUACCGAGAAGUUAUAUAUGAAUCUCCGCGAUAUUAUGACAAAGCAGUCAGAUCCGCAGGCAACAGCGGACCUGAGUAAAGUCCAACAUGCCUUACGUAAAAGAGAAGAGAAACUCAAAUGUCUUGUCGCCGAGUUAAAUGUGUACGAAGCGCAGCUAGGAGACUACAAGGGCGAUAUGGAGAGAAUGGGUAACGAGAUGUGCGAGUUAAAAAAGAAGUAUUAUGCGCAAAAGAAGAAGCUCGAAAAAAUUCAAGAGGCGGGCCCGAAAUCCACCGACGCACCCAUUCUUCCAAACGUUCCGGUUUCUGGUAGGAAAUUCUGCGGGGGCGGCUUCAAUAUGACAACACCCGCAUCGAGAAAUUGUUACGCUCUGGAUUCCUCGGCGAGCAGAUAAGACAAAAGACAACAAAGAUCAAAUCGGGUAACGUUAUCACAAAUACUUUUAUAAUUCUAUUUUUCUGUGUACGGUGUGUGUAUUAUUAAAUUAUUAUAUUCAUCUCAUGAGAUAA